AUGACCGUCACAGAAUUUGCCAAAUUCAAAGUCCUUCCCCCAUUCACCUGCUCGUCACCAGAAAUCCUCGAAUUCCUCGCGGACGUUGGCAAGAAACAAUAUGCCUUCUCAGGAUAUCCGCUGAGAUUCUACCAAGACGUCAACUCGCCUGACGCAGUGUACCUGGUCUCUGGAUGGGACACUGUGGAGGAUCAUGGAAAAUGGUCUGCGACUGACGCGAGCAGGAAGGUGAUAGAGAGGUGUAUGUUGGAGAAGUUAGUGGCCAUCGAGGGACUGGCUCAUUUGGAGGUGGAAUUCCCCAGUCUUCCAGGUGAAUGGAAAGGCAUAGCCCAUGUCGUUGUGGAAAAGGAGGGCAACCCCGUGGCUGACGCGAAUGUGGAGGAAUCUUUCAAAAAUGCCACGCAUCAAAUAUAUGUAGCAAGGGACCAAACGUCUCCUUGUGGUGAAGUAUUUCAGCUUGCUGUGUUGAAGGACGACGUGACAGGCUUGGAGGGGAAGUGGGAUGGUGUCGCGAACUUCUUGGCCGUGAAUUGA